AUGGCUAAAGUGCUCGCUGGUAACGUCGGUGGGGGCGGCGGAGGCCUAGCUCUCAACGCCUACGGGAGUGGUCUCGGAAAUGGUCUUGGCCUCGGAGCUGGUCUCGGCGGCGGCUACGGGGGUCCUGGUCUCGGAAGUGGCCUCAGUCUUGGCUUUGGAGGGGGUCUCGGGGGUGGUCUCGGACCUGGUCCCGGAGUUGGUCUCGGCGGUGGCUACGGUGGUCUUGGUCUCGGCGGUGGCCUUGGCGGCGGUCUCGGCGGCGGCUACGGGGGUCUUGGUCUCGGCGGUGGUCUCGGCAGUGGUAUUGGUGGUGGUCUCGGAGCUGGUCUCGGUGGUGGUCUGGGCGGUGGUCUUGGCGGUGGUCUUGGAGGAGGCCUCGGAGGGGGCCUCGGAGCCGGUCUUGGAGCCGGUCUUGGAGGUGGCCUCGGAGGGGGCCUCGGUGGUGGUCUCGGAGGUGGUCUCGGAGGGGGUCUUGGAGGUGGUCUCGGAAGUGAUCUCGGAGGGGGCCUCGGAGGUGGUCUCGGUGCAUUCGGUGGCCUUGGACUCGGAGGUGGUCCCGGCGGCUUAGGUGGCCUUGGCCUCGGAGGUGGUGGUCUGGGAGGCGGCGGUCUCGGAGGUGGUGCCGUCGCUGGUGGCAACGGCGGUGGACUCGGGGGUGGACUGGGAGGCGGCGACGGUGGGACCGGCGCUGUGGGUACGGCGGGUCUCGGCGGCGGAGGCGGCCCAGCCGUGGUUGGAAGCUAUUCGUCCGGACUCGCCGGUGCGGGCUACGGGCCGGGCUUGGUUUACAGAGGAUACGGCGGCUACAAAGGAUUUCACUGA